UAGGAAUAAAUUAGGGGGGCAAAGAUGCAAACAGAGGAUUCGAACCUGGGUCUCAAGGAUAGAAUGUGCGCAACCCAACCAACUGAGCUAAUCACAUUUCUUAUUAAAUGAUUUCUUUAGGUGUUUAUAUCAUAACAACUAAAAUACGAUCUGUGAAAUUAGCACUUUAGCAGGCAACCUUAGUCUCCCACUUUCUCUCCUCUCCUCUCGUGUCUCUCACCUCACCCAACACGCACGAGAGCGCCGCCCCAUCUUGUUCCCACACCGCAUCUCAUUUUCUUCUCACGCACUCGCACAUCACUGCCACGGCGCACACCGACGGCCAGCGGCGCGUUCUCAGCAGCGGCGGCGGUGAGCCCGCGAGGGGAUCGGCCGCGGCAGGCCGGCGACGGGCCGAGGCUGACGACAGCGGGUCAACGGCAAGCACGGUCCUUUUCUUAGCCACUUCUCAUAGGUUGAUUCCCCAUUUGGCCCCAAAUCCAGAUUUUUCUUGUUCAUCCGAACGGAUAUUUGGAACAUAGGUUUUAAACGCAUGUGCUUCUAGAGUCAUCAUCUGUAGAUUAACUAGAGAGUAAAAGCUUUUGUUUCAGUGUAUAAAGGAGGUCUAUUAGGUUGUGACAAAAUUAGCUGACACUGAUUUUAUACUGGUCGAAAUGGAUUUAGAAACCAUCAAGAUUCUUUUGCGCUACCCUAGAGGUUCUGUUGAGUACUUAGCUGGAGUAGAUGGAUUUCUUGAAUUUGCAUAUAAAGAUAAGUUAGAGGAUACAAAGAUUUAUUGUCCAUGUGAAACAUGCGUACAUACUAUGCUACUUUCAAAAAAUGAUGUCUAUGAUCAUUUGGUGUGCAAUGGAAUGCUUCAGAGUUAUAACCAAUGGGAUUUUCAUGGUGAGUCUUCAGAGGAGCAAAUUAGGAACCAACAACCACAGCCUCACAAUGAAGACAUGCGUGCUAACAUGCACGAAUUAAUUAAUGAUGCACUUAGGACUGUGUAUGACGACAUGCCUAUGAGUGAUUCUGCAGAUUCGCCAUACACACACACUGAUGGACCAAAUUUAGAAGCUCAAGCAUUUUAUGAGUUGGUGAAAGAUUCAAAGAAGCCUUUAUGGGAUGGAUGUGAACUAUCACACUUAUCUCUACUAGUGCUUUUGUUCAAUAUGAAAUCCAUGAACAAAUGGAGUGAUAAAUCAUUUGGAGAUCUACUUGAUAUUCUUCACAUGGCAAUUCCAAAUGGAAAAGAAUUGCCAAAAAACUUUUAUGAGGCUAAGAAGGUGGUUUCAAAAUUUGGUCUAGAUUAUCAACAAAUUCAUGCAUGUCCCAAUAACUGUCAGCUGUUUUGGAAAGAGAAGGUUAAUGAUGAUUUUUGUUCAACUUGUAAGGCUUCUAGAUGGAAAGAUAAAAAACCAGAAACCAAGUUAACGAAGAAAGAAAGAAAGAAAGCAACACCAAGCAAAGUCUUACGAUAUUUUCCAAUAAAGGAGAGGCUGAAAAGAUUGUUCAUGUGUAGAGAAACAGCAUCGCUCCCACGUUGGCAUGAUGAAGAGCGCUUAGUAGAGGAUGGUGUGCUUCAACAUCCAGCUGAUUCUCCGGCAUGGAAGAACUUUGAUAAAAGAUUCAAGCAAUUUGCAUCUGAUUCUCGUAAUAUACGAUUUGGGUUAGCUACAGAUGGGUUUAACCCAUAUGGUAUGUUGAGCUCUACCUAUAGUUGCUGGCCAGUUGUUUUAGUAAUAUAUAAUCUUCCACCAUGGCUCUGCAUGAAGGAACCUAAUCUUCUAAUGCCAUUAAUAAUUCCUGGGCCCAAAAGUCCUGGAGAUAACAUUCAUGUUUUCCUCCAGCCGCUUCUAGAAGAUUUAAGAGACAUAUUUGCCAAUGGCAUUUCCACAUAUGAUGCAUUUAGAAAUGAAACUUUUAAUUUGAGGAUAGCUGUACUGUGGACUAUAAAUGACUUGCCAGCUUUAGGAAUGCUUGCUUCACAUAUGGUGCAUGGAGAAUUUGCAUGCCCGCCUUGUGGUCCAAAUGUAUGGUCCAAACGUUUGGCACAUGGGAAGAAAUCUUGUUUUAUGGGUCAUUGUCGAUUUUUGCCACCUAAUCAUGAAUUUCGUUUUGAUAGAAAUUCUUUUGAUGGAACCACAGAGAUUAGUACAGAGCCUAUGACUUACUAUGGGCGUCCGGUAUUGGAUGAAAUAAAUUCUAUCGGUGAUUUUAAGAAGUCAAAAACUUAUAAGGCAGUAAGUAGUUUAUUCACACUACCUUACUAGGAUGUCAAUCUUCUUCAGCAUAAUCUUGAUGUGAUGCAAUAUUUAUGGUACACUUCUAAAUUUAGAAGGAAAGUCAAAGGAUAAUCUCCAAGCUCGUCUUGAUCUCAAGGAAAUGAACAUUAGAGGGGAGCUCCAUCCACAACAAAGAACUUCAAGCAAGUUCUACUUACCACCUGCCAGCUUUACUAUGUCCAAAAGUGAGAAGCAAUUGUUCUGUAAAGUUCUUAGGGAUAUAAAAGUUCCUGAUGGCUAUUCUUCAAACAUAUCUAGAUGUGUGAACUCUGCUGAAGGAAAAAUUCAUGGGCUCAAAACACAUGAUUGCCAUGUUCUAAUGCAACAAUUGAUGCCAAUUGCUUUGAGGGGUAUUCUUCCCAAUGAAGUCACAUCUGUCUUGUUUGACUUAUCUGCUUACUUUCGAGGAAUAUGUUCAAAAGUUCUCCAUGUUGAUGAGCUUGACCGUUUGGAAGAAGCAAUUAAAAUCACAUUGUGUAGAAUGGAAAUGAUAUUUCCUCCUAGAUUCUUCACUGUUAUGGUUCACUUAGUCGUCCAUUUAGCUACUGAAUGUAAGAUUGUUGGGCCAGUUUGCUAUCGAUGGAUGUACUUUAUUGAAAGGUACUAAAAAUAUAUUAGCAUACAAUUUAUAAUAUUUCUCAUAUGUCAUAUGAUACAAUACUAACUUAUUAGUUUUGUGCC